AUGGCUCCACUUUGGCGCCGACCGAGCGUUCUACUGGGCGGGUCGGCACUCUACGCAGGCGUGGCGUUCGCCACGUACGUGACGCUCUACGACCCUAAGAAGAAUGGCGAUAAUGCAACCACACCGGCCGUAAACGACGCGAGGCGUCUGCAGCUUUUCGACAUGAACGCUACCAAGUAUGACAAGGAGGUGGACUGGGACGAAAGACUUACGGGGAUCUCACUCAUGCGGCAUUUCCUGCUACAAAAGGCACGUGGCAAGGUGUUGGAGAUCGCGGCCGGAACGGGCCGCAAUCUGGUCUUCUACCCUGCGCCUUCGAAGGUGGUUCUUACCGACUUUAGCCGCGGAAUGCUCGACCAGGUGUCGAAAACGCAGCAACAGAGGCUAGCCAGCUGCGAGCUUAAAGUCAUGAGUGCGGGCGAACUGGCCUUCCCAGACGGGCAAUUCGACACGGUGGUGGACACCUUUGGGCUCUGUAGCAUGGACGACCCGGUGCGCACGCUGCAUGAGAUGCAACGCGUCUGCAAGAAUGACGGCGGCCGCAUUUUGCUGCUGGAGCAUGGCCAGAGCAGCUACAAGUGGCUGUCAAACAUCUUGGACAAGUUCGCGGACCUACACGCCCAGAAGUGGGGAUGCCACUGGAAUCGCGACAUCAUGGCGCUAGUAGAGCAGGCCGGACUAGAGGUGGAGACCGUGCACCGUUUCCAUUUCGGUACGACGUAUUACAUCGUAGCCAGGCCUCAAGCCAAGCCUGGCCGAAAGCCAAAGAAGGACGAAUGA